CGCCGGCUGGUCCUCUUUCUGGUGGCGCUGUGUUACCUGGCAGCCUUCGCUUCGCUUCGGGAUCAGUGGAGAGGGUUGUUCGGCAGAAACGGCGUCACCCCCGUCGACGCGUUGCUGGCGCAGGUGCGGAAGAAUGGAGGACUCUCCAGCCUGGUGGAUCGGAUCUGGACGCUACCCACGCUGCUGUGGCUUGGGGAUACGGCGUCCGUAGACGCGAUGGGCGAGGCGAUGUGCUCGGCGGGCGCCGUGCUUUCAGUGACCGCCGCAUCGUUGGCGCUCUUCACGAGAGGCGGAGGUUCUUCCAUCGUGUGGAUGUCGUUGUGGGGCAUGUACCUGUCGCUGUUCCACGUCGGUCAGGUGUUUUUGAGCUUUCAGUGGGACAUACUCCUGCUCGAGGUCGGUUUCGUGUGCAUGUGGCUGAGCCCAAAGCUGAGGCCCACGAGCAGAGAUCCUCCGCACCCCGCCGGGCUGUGGUUGCUGCGCUUCGUCUGCUUCAAGCUGAUGCUCAUGUCGGGCGCCGUCAAGAUCCAGAGCGAGUGUCCAACCUGGCUCGGUCUCACCGCGCUGGACUAUCACUUCGACACGCAACCGCUGCCGACGCCGCUCGCGUGGUGGGCGUCGACGCACGUGCCGCGCGAGGUGAAACGCUUCGGCGUCGCGGCGACGCUCGCCAUUGAGGGUCCGCUGACAUUGCUCCUCGUCGCGCCGUUCAGGAGGGCGAGGACGGUGGGCGCGUACUCGCAGCUGCUGCUGCAGGCGAUGAUCGCCGCGACCGGCAACUACACGUUCUUUAACCUCCUGACCGUGGCGCUGGCGUGCUCGGCGCUGGAUGACGCGUCGCUGGGACGUUUCUUCUUUCGUAACCUUUGGCGGAGGGCGGAGGACUCGAACGGCGAGCCCAAAACGCCUAACGACGACGAGCCCGAAACGCCAAAGACUCCGACGAACGCGUGGCUCGCGUUCAUCGUUCCUUGCGUCGUUCGUUACGCUUGGAUGUUCGCCUUGCCCGCCAGCUGCGUCGCGCACUGCUACGACAGAGUGAGGGCUUCGAGCUCGAGGACGGUUGGAUUUGUCAGAAUCGCGGGAGCCUGUUUCACCCUGGUCGCGUCCGCGGCGAUGCUCGGUGUCGUGCUCAAACCCCUUCACCAGGUGGUGCCUAAAAGUACCGGGGUGAGCGUCCUCGGGGAGUUUGGCCUUCCCGCGGGCGGCGUCGAGGCGGCGUUGCCCUCGUUCGGCUCCCGCUGGGACGAAAUAAUCGACACGUACGCCGCCAAAUUCCGCCUCGGUUCCGGCUACGGGUUGUUCCGCCGGAUGACCGGCGUCGGCGACGACGGCUCGGUGAUGCGACCGGAGAUUAUCCUCGAGGGAUCCGACGACGGAUCGAACUGGACCGCGAUCGAGUUCAAGCACAAACCGUCAACGGACGUGAAGGUUGCGCCGACGUGGGUCGCUCCGCACCAGCCGAGAUUGGACUGGCAGAUGUGGUUCGCGGCGCUC